AUGCAGAGGAAACCAUUGGCUUACGUUAGCUUGAAGACAGUCCUUCAACAUAUGGGGCCGGAAAUCAGAUUCGAGUUGACAAGACGAAUACCACAAAUCAGACUCACCGAGGCAAUUGUCCCACUGAAAAUCAAUUUUCUCGAGUUAGGAGAGAGCUACACUAAGAUAAACGGAACAACUUACGAAAUGAGGACAUUUCACGAAGGAAAUCCAGUGGUAAAUGUGAAAACGUUGAGAAUCUCCAACUCGGGUUAUAUUCUACGAAUGCCUGUGAAUCUCAAGUUGAAAAUCAAUAAUUUGGAUGGAAAAGUAGAGAAUUCUUUCUGUAAAGCUUUAAACAAAAUCAUCCAUGAAUCCAGUUACCCAUUGAAUCGUGUCUAUGUGAACUGCAUUUCUGAUGACGUCAAUGUUCUCGACCAUCCCCUUAUCAGAGAUGCUAAAACUCUAAACGUUAAUGACGUGACCCUGCCGAGACAACAACGACUCCCUCUUCUUCUCAACAUGCAAAAUCCAACAGUUUUGGUGGAUUCUGUUGGAUUUCUAGAAACAAAUGGUAUGAUUGCAUUGAUUAGAAAUUUGAUGGGAAAUUUCCGACCAAUAGGACACAAAAUACGGCUCAAUGUUCUUGGAUUCAACACAGCGUUUGAAAUCUUGAAACAAUUUGCAAAUCAGUUUGAUCGGACUCGCAUUCGUUGCAGAAAUAUCACAAUCCCUAUGAAUCACAUCUCAACUCUUCAAGUGUCAUACGCUCCAAAAAACCGGAAAACUCGCGACAACGGGCAUUUCUAUUUGGAUAUGAUCGUCUUGAGUAACAAUAAUUAG